UUCGUCAUGCCUGAGCCCGCGAAGUCCGCUCCUGCCCCGAAGAAGGGCUCCAAGAAGGCCGUGACCAAGGCGCAGAAGAAGGACGGCAAGAAGCGCAAGCGCAGCCGCAAGGAGAGCUACUCGGUGUACGUGUACAAGGUGCUCAAGCAGGUGCACCCCGACACGGGCAUCUCGUCCAAGGCCAUGGGCAUCAUGAACUCGUUCGUCAACGACAUCUUCGAGCGCAUCGCCGGCGAGGCGUCCCGCCUGGCGCACUACAACAAGCGCUCGACCAUCACGUCGCGGGAGAUCCAGACGGCCGUGCGCCUGCUGCUGCCCGGGGAGCUGGCCAAGCACGCCGUGUCCGAGGGCACCAAGGCCGUCACCAAGUACACCAGCUCCAAGUAAAUCCUGCCUCCCACGACUGGUAGUGGACCCAAAGGCUCUUUUCAGAGCCACUAAAGUUUCUUAAAAUAGCUGUGCAUCUUUUCUAAGUGUCUCUGGCUAAGCCUACGUUGCAGGUUUCAAAGUACGUAGGUCUCGCACC